GUACAUCUGCGCAUGCGCAGGUCGAAGUUGGCGCGGUGAGCGUGAGCCGUGUAAUAUUUAAUUGUAGGGUCACGCAGUAUCGGUUCAUAAUUACAGGUUUAUAUCGAAGAAGCGUUGACUGAAGGUGUAACAUAUCACAAAUGGCCAUGAGAAGGUGUUUGGGGUUAGCUGGGGUUGUGCCGCGGCUCUUAUUGAACAGUACAGUCCUGCCUGGAGGACGAAGCUUUCUGUCCUGUCCUGUCAACACUCACCUCGGUUGCAAAAAUACAGAGCUACUGGUUCACAGGUUCACCUCGGGGCCACCCAGCACGGAUGUGAGCUAUGAGGAACUGAAACAGCUUCUGGCUGGCCGGAAAUCUGUAGUUAUUGAUGUCAGAGAGCCCUGGGAGCUCAGGGAGUACGGCUUCAUUCCCGGCUCAAUUAACGUCCCCUUGGGACAGGUGAACUCCGCUCUCCAGCUGGCUGAAGAAGAGUUUAAAGAAAAGUAUGGCGGUGAAAUGCCCCAGCAGACAGAUAACAUUGUAUUCAGUUGUCUGGCAGGGGUCAGAAGCAAGAAAGCACUCAACACAGCCACUUCGCUGGGAUACAAUGAUGUUCAGCAUUACCCCGGUGGAUGGCAAGACUGGGUGAAAAAUGAACAGCACAACUGACACAGGGAUAAUGGAACAAAGAAGAAAGAUUAUUUUAAGCAUUGUAUCAAAAAAAUUAACCGAGAUCUGACUGCAAAGUGGAGGUGCAAAACAAGGAGUCUUGCAAAAGGGUAUUCAAAAAGUUCAUUAAGUUUUCUGUUGUUAGAAGCAGUGAUUAGAAGUUGUUUUUCUUAACUGUGAACCAUUAAAGACUGAAACAAGAG